AUGUCUAACAUUGGACCUAUUUUUGAGAGGAUAUAUGUAUGUCUUGAAGCGUGUAAAGCUGCAUUCGCACAUACAUGUAGGCCUUUAAUUGGUCUUGAUGCAUGCUUCUUGAAGGGUGAGUUUGGUGGACAAUUAAUGGCAGCAGUAGGAAAAGAUGGAAACAAUCAGAUUUAUCCAAUUGCAUAUGCAGUGGUGGAAGCCGAGACAAGAGACUCGUGGAAAUGGUUUCUGGACCUUUUAUUAGAAGACCUGAAUAAUAUCAUGCCAAGGUCUUAUGGUUUCAUUUCAGACCAACAAAAGGGCUUGGUACCGGCUAUUGCUAACCUGGGGCCGAAUGUAGAACACAGGUUGUGUGUUAAGCAUUUAUACGGAAAUUGGAAGAAGAAGUAUCCUGGUGGACACAUGAAAGAAUUACUUUGGCAAGCGGCUAGGGCAACCAUAGUUCCCGAUUGGGAGAGAGCCAUGAAAAAAAUUAGAGAUAUCAAUGAAAAUGCUUGGAAAGAUAUGAUGGAAAUUCCACCUCUGAUGUGGACUAGGUCUGCAUUCCGCACUGAGAGUCAUUGUGACUUGCAGGUAAAUAACAUGUGUGAGGCGUUUAACAUGGCUAUUUUGGAGUACAGAGACAAGCCCAUCAUCACUUUACUCGAAGGUAUAAAGCAUUAUAUUACAACUAGAAUAGUGAAGCAAAAGAAUCUCAUGAGUCGAUUUAGAGGCACAAUUUGUCCUAAAGUGGAAGAAAUAAUUGAAAAGUUAAAGAGGGCAGCUGGGGGGUGGACACCGACUUGGCAUGGAGAUGAUUCUUUUAAUAUCUUUAGUGUGACCAACGGUAUUGACACUUUCGAGUUGAACUUACAACGACAUCACUGCGCUUGCCGUAAAUGGGCUCUAAGUGGCAUUCCAUGUGUUCAUGCUAUUGUUUGUAUUUUACAUAACAAGGCUGAAUUAUUUCCUUUUGUGUCACAAUAUUAUAGGUACGUUUUUACGCUUUUGUUUGAACAUUCUGCUGCUAUUGUGUGCACUAUUAGAAAAAGGAAAUCGAACUUUUUGGCUACUUACUCGUAUAUUGUGCUGCCGUCUAAUGGACCUAGACUAUGGCCUGCUGCAACUACUGGGGAAAUGAUAAAUCCACCGGUUAUGAGAAGAGCUCCGGGACGACCUAAGAAGAAAAGAAACAGGGCUAAUGAUGAACCAACGUCAAGCAAUGUACUACCAAGAAAUUUGACCACUGUUAAGUGUAAAAGUUGUGGUACUUUAGGACACAACUCAAGAACUUGCAAAGGGAAAACAGCGGCGGAUCGAAAAUUAGCAAAAGGUAGUAGCAAGGCUAAGAAGCAAAAGAAGACAAAGGAAUCACACACUGUGUUGACACAAGGAUCACAAGCACCACAAACUCAAGAGACUAAUUGA